GCCCGCCCCCCGCCACCCCCCUCCGCCGCCUCUCGCCGGACACUGGUGUCUCCUCUCUCCGGCCGCUUCUCUCUCCGUCGCUCUCCGAACGCGACAAAGAAAGAAGGAAAAAUCCCAUCUUGCGGCCCGCCUUUUCGCUGCCCAUUUCCCCGUCGUCUUCUCCGCCUUUUCGCUCCGAGUCCCUCGUCGCCUCUUGCCCAGCUCCGCCGCUUCCCGCCGUCCGCUUCCGGCGGCGGAACGACUGGGGAGCGACGUCGCCGUCCCCUUUUCCCGGCAGCUUCCGCAAUAUGUGAUCCGAGAACCCGGAAGAGAAAGGCGGCGUCUUUUCGUACGCUGUCUGGUUUUGGUGCCCGCUCGCUGGUUGGGUUCUCGUCGAAUCUAGGGUUCUUGUCGGAAUGGCCAAAGUGGGUACCCCUUUCCCGCCCGGGGAAGACGGGUCGGCCAACCAGCAGUACUCGUUCGCAUUGGAGUACGAGGGUCCCCCCGUGAGCCGGGAUCUCCCCCGGGCCGUCCCCAUCAACCUCAAGCAAAUCCCCGUCGCCGCCGUGGUCGCGCAGGUCUCCAUCGCCGAGAAGCUCGCGCUCCCCGUCGUGCAGCCCAUCGCGGCCGCCGCUGCCGACCCUUUGGCCAAGAAGCGCUCCCGAGAGCUGGGCGCCUCGAAUUCCACGGUCUCGCCCACUUCGGUCAUCGAGAACAGCCGGGAGCGCGCGUCGAAGGAGCUCGAUUCGGCCUCGGAGAUCGCGGUGUCGCCCGUGGCGUCGGGAAUAAUUGCGCCGGGGCCGAGGGGCGGGGGCAAGUCGUCGGGUGAGUUGAGUAGCUCGGGGGCGCUGGAGUUCUCUAACGGCAACUGUUUGUCUGGAGAGUUGUCUGAUGUCGUGAGUAGUUCGCACGGUUUGGAGUCGUCGUCGUUAAGCCACGAGCAUUCGCAGGAGUUGUUUAAUGGGGCGCAGAGUUGUAGCACCAUAGAGUUUUGUGAUAGUUUCGACAAAUCGGGGGAAAGCUCUCGGGCAUUUAGAGUUUGUUUAGAGUGCCCAUCUUCUCGGAAGACUGGGGAUUGUACCGAGUCUACUCCUGAUCUUAGAAGAAACCCUGUUGUGACGUUUAAUGACCUCGAAUCGGAUGGUGGUCUUGAAGAGGAGUUUAGCAGGGAGGAACAAGAAGUUGUUCGUGCCAAGAGACAACCUCAAAGUAAAGGAAAGAAAGGAUCUUGCUAUCGAUGCUUUAAAGGGAACCGGUUUACUGAAAAGGAGGUUUGCCUUGUUUGUGAUGCAAAAUAUUGCAGUAAUUGUGUGCUUAGAGCAAUGGGGUCAAUGCCGGAAGGGAGGAAAUGUGUUUCUUGCAUUGGCUUUCCUAUUGAUGAGUCUAAGCGACCGAAUUUGGGUAAGUGCUCUCGAAUGCUUAAACGGUUGCUUAACGAUUUAGAGGUCAGGCAAAUUAUGAAGGCCGAGAAGUUGUGUGAAGCAAAUCAGUUACCUUCAGAGUAUGUGUUUGUAAAUGGGAAACCUCUUUGCCCGGAGGAGCUGCUAAUGCUACAGACUUGUCCAAGCCCGCCGAAGAAGUUAAAACCUGGGAAUUAUUGGUAUGAUAAAGUAUCUGGAUUAUGGGGAAAGGAGGGAGAGAAGCCUUCCCAGAUAAUCAGUCCCCAUCUCCACGUUGGGGGUCCAAUUUUGCAGAAUGCUAGCAACGGAAAUACCCAAGUGUUCAUAAAUGGUAGAGAGAUCACAAAAGUGGAACUCAGAAUGUUGCAGUUGGCUGGAGUUCAGUGUGCUGGUAACCCUCACUUUUGGGUGAAUGAGGAUGGAUCGUACCAGGAAGAGGGACAAAAGAAUACGAAAGGUUAUAUCUGGGGCAAGGCUGGGACAAAGCUAUUAUGCGCUUUCUUGUCACUUCCAGUGCCUUCUAAAUCUUCUGGUUCUUAUGUGGAAGAAUCGAACAGCCUACUGAGCAGAAGUGUUCCCGACUAUGUUGGGCAGAGAAUGCUUCAGAAGAUUCUUUUAGUUGGAAAUAGUGGAUCUGGAACUAGUACAAUAUUCAAGCAGGUUAAACUUCUCUAUGAUGAUGUCCCUUUCUCACCUGAAGAGCGUGAAAAUUUGAAGAUCACUAUUCAGGGUAACGUAUAUACCUAUCUCGGGAUACUUCUUGAAGGCCGUGAACGUUUUGAAGAGGAAAGUUUGUCUCACAUGAGGAAAAACCAUUCUUCUGGUGGCAACGAUCAUAUAGAACAUCAAGAGGAAAAGUCAAUAUAUUCCAUUGGACCACGCCUGAAAGCCUUUUCAGACUGGAUGCUAAAAACCAUGGUGUCGGGCAAUCUGGAAGCUAUUUUUCCGGCUGCCACACGUGAAUAUGCCCCACUUGUGGAGGAGUUAUGGAAUGAUCCCGCCAUUCAGGUCACUUACAGCCGAAAAAAUGAGCUGGAAACGCUACCUACUGUAGCCAACUACUUUUUAGAGCGGGCUGUUGACAUUCUGAGGUUGGAUUAUGAUCCCUCAGAUACGGAUAUUCUGUAUUCUGAAGGUGUGAUGUCAUCAAAUGGACUUGCUUGUGUGGACUUCUCGUUUCCCCAGUCUGAUUCUGAUGACUGUACCGAUUCAAUGGAUCAGCAUGAUUCUAUGCUUAGGUACCAACUAAUCAGAGUGAACGCGAGAGGCCUUGGAGAAAACUGCAAGUGGCUAGACAUGUUUGAAGACGUUGGUCUAGUCACCUUCUGUGUUGCCUUAACCGACUACAAUAAGUGUACUCCCGAUGCAAAUGGGUCCUUGAUGAACAACAUGAUAAUGAGCCAGAGAUUCUUUGAGAGCAUUGUCACUCACCCAACUUUUGACCAGAUGGAUUUCCUUCUAAUCCUAACAAAGUUUGAUCUCUUUGAGAAGAAGAUAGAACAGGUCCCGCUAACCGAGUGUGAGUGGUUCGAUGACUUCCACCCUCUUGUCAGCCGCCAUCACAGCAACAGCAGGAGCAACAGCAACAGCAACAGCAUUAAUUACAGCCCGACGCUCGGUCAGCUGGGCUUCCACUAUGUGGCGGUGAAGUUCAAACGGCUUUAUGCCUCACUCACAGGUCGGAACUUAUAUGUUGCCUUGGUGAAGGGAUUGGAGCGUGGCAGCGUUGAUGCGGCUCUAAAGUAUGCGAGGGAGAUUUUGAAGUGGGAAGAGGAGAGAGCGAACUUCAGCUUGAGUGAAUACUCGAUGUACAGCAUGGAGGGGAGCUCUUAGUGCAGGCAUUCAUACCGGGGGGAAAGCGUGUAAAUUGAACCUCCGAGCGGGCAUUACUGUAGGUAAUGUACAUAUAACGUGCUGUAAAUUUUAAGACGGGAGUCUUUUCUUCGACCUAUUGUGAUUGACGGAAUGGAGGCCAUUUCUAUGAGAGUUUGGAAUGCACCGCAAACUUAGGCUUGUUUGUGGAAUUCGCAAGGAAGGUGUGGUGAUGUUUGAGUUGUGGCGGGAAUGUUUAAUGCCUUUUCUUUUUCUCUAUCUUGAGUAGCUUUGCGAGAUUUGUUCCGCGAUGUGAAUUAAUUGAAUGCAAUAUAGUUUGGAAAUGUAUCACAUAGCUUGUGUUUUGUA